AUGCGGAAGAUUUUCGGCUGCAAACAGUCUUCGACUUCCAGUCCUUCGGAGAAAGAAGUCAAAGGUCAGGUGAUCAACGUCUGUGGAGUGCUGGUGACAGUCGAGAGCAAGAUCGCAGAAGGUGGCUUCUCGGUAGUGUACACUGUCCGGCAGAACGGAAACGGCUCGUUGCUGGCUUUGAAACGACAGUUCGUCAACGACACCCGUCUUCUGGAGGCGUGCCGCAGAGAGGCUGAGAUCAUCCGCACCUUAGGUCGACACCCGAAUAUCGUCUCGUACGUGGCCAGCAGCAUCAACCCGGUGAUCGGUGGCGAGGGGGUCCACGAGUACUUGCUGCUGACCCGCUUCUACGCCGGCAGCGUUCUUCAGCUGAUGAAUGACCGUCUGGCCGAGAACAGAUACCUCACGUACACGUACGUAGUUUUCCAUAAAAUUGCCUUCAAAGUGUUAUUAAAUGUUUCUUAA